AUGAUUCCGCAACGAAAAAGCCUCGUGGGAUGGCUGUGGGUAGUUGCCACAACGGCGUUUGCACCUCGGCCCACUCGCCAAUGGACAAGGUUGCCUGAUUCCUUCGGACCCACACGUUUCCACGGAAUACACGCGUGUCGGCCACGCGACGGCACAUCUUUGUCCGUCCUACCACACUCGGAUUUACAACGUGUUCGGGAGGUUCGAGAAAUGCCCGAGCCGCUGCCGUUGGAACUCAAAAAUAGCUACUAUCUGUUACGCCAUGGACAGUCCACGGCCAACGUCGCGCAAGUCAUUUCGUCGGAUCGAAUGACACUGGCGUACACCGACAAACACGACGUGACACUGUCCGGCUACCAACAAGGCAAGGACGCUGCAUCCCAGCUCUUGGACGCUCUGGAGCGAAACGCCACUCGCGGAGAAAACGUAGUCUUCGUAUCGUCGCCCUUUGCCAGAGCUCGUUCCACCGCCCGAGCCUGUCUCGACGGACUCCAGGAAUUGGACGAACGCGUACAAGCCUUGGGACUCCUAGUGAAUACUAAUGUGGUUCUUGAUGAGCGACUCAUGGAGCGAUUCUUUGGUCGACUCGACGACGAAGCCAUAUACACCUACUCCUACGUUUGGCCCUUGGACAAGUUCAACGUGACCCAUACAGCAUUUGGCGUCGAAUCGGUAGCGGCCGUUUGUACUCGUCUGCACGAACUCGUCACCGCACUGGAAGAAACCUACGAGCGCGCCCAUAUUGUUUGUGUCUCGCACGCGGAUGUCUUACAGAUUGCGCAAUUAUACGCCGCCCGCGCCGAUAACGUCGGCGCCUUUUCCUCCUACCGCUUUCGCAACGGAGAAGUACGAUCCAUGAUUUUGGGCACCACCGCCUGUUUGCCCGAACCAUCUCCCUUGCUACCGCCCGAGCGAGGAACCAAAGUGUAGUCUAGAGCCAUCUCUGCUGACGAGAGCAAGUGGUGCGUAUCCGUAUCCGGCUUCGACAGGAGCCAACAACAACACUUCAGGGGCACGGUCUGUUGUCU